CCAGCACUGACCUGUUUGGUAAGGCAGCUCUGCUGUUUGUUCGCUGUGGCAUGUUCAGACAUUUGGAUUUCAUCACAUUUCUUUCAGUCGCAUUUUCUUCAAAUUUUACUGAGCACAAGUAGGAAAUGAAUGACCUGGGUGGCACAGACAAAGGCAAAUAUAAAGAUCAGGGCUGGAUCCCCAAGACAAUCAAGAAAAGAGUGUGCUCCACCUUUGUGGAGGAUUCUUUCAGUAAUGGAAGACUGUGUCAGUGUGGAAAUAGGAGAGUCGACCACAGCUCUGUGGCUCUUGGGGACUGUUUCAGCACAGCCAUAGUGAACCACUGGGACAGCGCCCAGCACUCGUCUGAAUACCCGACUGAUGCUUUUGGAGAGGUGCAGUUUACUGGAACCAGCAAGAGACACAGCCAUUUUCUACGUCUGUCAUGGGACACAUCGCCAUCUAUGGUUUACAAUGUGAUGAUUAUCCAUUGGCGUCUCCCUCCUCCGAAUCUGGUGGUUUCUGUUGUGGGAGGAGACGGCAGGUCAAAGGUGAAGACCUGGGUGCGUGAGGUCAUCAGGCAGGGGCUUGUAAAAGCUUCACAAAGAGCAGGAGCGUGGAUCCUGACAACAGGACUGCGUGAAGGCCUCAGUAGGUGUGUUGGAGCGGCAGUCAGAGAUCAUGCUGCUGCAGCCUCUUCAGACUCCAACAAGGUGGUGGCAUUGGGCAUCGCUUCAUGGGGCCUGGUGCACAACAGAGAACAACUUGUCAACCCUAAGGGCAGCUUUCCUGCCAAAUAUUAUGUGCAGACAUCUCAGGAUUCCUGCUGUCUAGAUAAUAACUACCAGGCCUUCCUGCUGGUGGAUGAUGGAACCCUUGGCCGAAGAGGAGGAGAGAUGGCCUUUAGAGCCAAACUGGAAGACUUCAUUUCCCAUCAACGCACAGGCAUAUUGGGUAGUGGCAGCAUUGACAUUCCUGUCCUUUGCGUGUUGAUAUCAGGGGAGGCAAGAGUGCUAGAGAGAAUGGAUUUUUGUCUGAAAAACUCCAUGCCAUGGCUGGUGCUGGCUGGCUCAGGAGGCACAGCAGACUUCCUCAGUGACCUCUUGGACAAUCUGUCUUCAACCCAAACCUUCCAGUCGGACAGUGAGGCUGGUCCCAGUGUGAACAUGAAGGAGAAGGUGGCAGAGCAAGCUAAGAGAUAUUUUUUCACAGAACUGGUGACCGAUAAACUUGUUGAUCAAGCCUUAAGCAUUUACCAAAACAGAGAUUUAAUUACCAUCUACCACGGAGAGCAGGAGAGCCCAGCAGACUUCGACACAGUUCUGCUCAAAGCAUUGGUAGGAGCAAGUAAGCAGCGUGCCUCAGAUGAUGCCAGCCCCUAUAAUGAAGAGCUGAAGCUAGCUGUCACAUGGAACAGGGUGGACAUAGCCAAGAGUGAACUCUUUAAUGGAGACAUCCAGUGGAAGCAUGAAGACUUGGAAGAAUCCAUGACUGAUGUCCUGAUCAAUGACAAACCCCAGUUUGUUCGUCUUUUUACUGAGAAUGGCUUUAACAUCCACGACUACCUGAGCUAUGGUCGGCUGGAGGAGCUUUACUGUUCUGUAGCAGAAGGAACGCUGCUAUACCAGCUACUUCAGCGCUACCUGGUGUUACGGCUCGGACCCACAACAUCUAUAUCCAGAUCAGCAUCAGCAGCUAAUUUACAAGAGUCACUCACCAAAGGGAACACAGAAAAACUUUUAGGUGAACCAAUCCGACAGAUCACUCUUUUUGAGGUUUCAAAGGUCCUGGAUUUAUUGAUGGGGGAUGUUUGUCAGCCGUUCUACCAAGAUGUUUUGGGCUUAGAGGGGAACUUAUCCAAGAAGAAAUCUCUUCUGUGUCCAAAUAAGAUCCUGCAUGGAGAACCUGAGUAUCGAAAGGGACGCUGUCAGUCCUCCUGGGCUUCACUUUUCAUCUGGGCUGUCCUUCAGAACCGUAGUGAGAUGGCUGCUUUCUUUUGGGAGAUGCAGAGUGAAUCUGUACUGACUGCUCUGAGUGGAUGUAAGAUGCUGCGGGAGCUAUCUAGGCUAGAGUCUGAGAAUGAAACCAAACUCUCCAUGAAAGAGCUGGCCCAGACAUUUGAGAUGCGUGCACAUGAUGUCUUCAGCUCAUGCUACCGCAGCGAUGAAAGCCGUUCUUUUGAUCUGCUGAUUAGGAAAUCUUCUGUUUGGGGAGGAACCACCUGCCUUCAGAUGGGCAUGGGAGCUGAUGCACGACUUUUCUUCGGCCAUGAUGGAGUACAGGCUCUGCUGUCCCAGAUCUGGUGGGGGGACAUGGACAGGAACACAGAGGUGUGGAAGCUCCUGCUCACUUUCUUCUGCCCCUUCCUCUGCUACACCAACUUCAUCACAUUUAGGCAAGAUGACCGGCAACAAGAGGAGGAGAAGCUUCAUGUAGAUGGACCAUCUGACAGUCAUUAUGGGACAACUGUCAAGUCUUUCUCUGACUUAAAAAACCUUGAAGAUGAAACACACAGAGGGAUCGUUUUAACAGUCCCUACCUUCAGUGACACAGCAAAACCUUACAGACCACCACCACGCCCGUUCAUCGUGUCUCGCUGGCGUCAGCUCUGGUUUGCACCAGUGACUUCAUUUUUGGGAAACGUCCUGAUGUACUUCCUGUUUCUGGUGUUUUAUGCAUUCGUGCUUUUGAUUGACUUCAAGCCUCCACUACCCACUGGUCCGUCCAUCUCAGAGUGUUUGCUGUACUUCUGGGUGUUCACCAUUAUGUGUGAAGAGAUCAGACGGAUAUUCUUUUUAGAAUCAAGAACUCAUCUUCAAUACCUCAGAGGCUACAUUCAGGAUGUGUGGAAUAAAUGCUAUGUCAUUGCCAUAACACUAUUCAUCGCAGGAUCAAUAUGCAGGAUGUUUGAGCAGUCGUAUGACGCAGGACAUGACAUCCUAUGUGUGGACUACAUGGUCUUCACUCUUCGCCUCAUUCACAUGUUUGCCGUUCACAAACAACUGGGACCAAAAAUCAUCAUCAUUGGCAAGAUGAUGAAGGAUGCCUUCUUAUUCCUCUUCUUCCUGGGAGUGUGGAUCAUGGCGUACGGAGUAGCCAGCCAGGCUUUAAUUUACUCCUAUGAUCCUAACCUCAGUCGUAUUCUGCGUAGAGUUUUCUACAGGCCGUACUUGCUCAUGUUUGGAGAGGAUUUUGUAAAGGAAAUUGAUGUUGGGAGGGAUUGGGUUCCGAAGUGCACAGACAACAUAACGUUGAUUGAGGAGGGUGCAGAGCCAUGCAGACUGCUGUACAAUAACUGGCUGGUGGUUAUUCUGUUGGCCAUUUAUCUCCUCGUUACCAACAUCCUGCUCAUCAACCUGCUCAUUGCCAUGUUUAGCCACACCUUCAGUAAAGUGCAUGGUAACAGUGACAUCUACUGGAAGUUCCAGCGCUACAACCUGGUGGUCCAGUAUCAUUCACGGCCAUCACUAGCCCCUCCUUUCAUCAUCCUCUCACACAUCAACCUUUUUAUCAGGAGGAUCAUCCGCAAAGUUCCCUCGGUCAAGAUUAAACAUUUUGUCUUGCAGUUGAGCCAAAAAGCAUCAAACAGGUUACUGACGUGGGAAACCAUCCAGAAGGAGGACGUCCUGACUGCUCAAAACAAAAUCCAGAAAAGUAGUGACUCGGAGAGACUCAAACAGAUAUCUGCCAAACUGGAUGGUGUUGUGAAAUAUUUAUCUGAAAUCAGAGACAUCGACCACAGACUCAGAGCUCUAGAGAAUGAGAUGAAAUACUGUUCAAAUGCACAUAGAUGGACUGUGGAGACUUUAGCGCAAAGCAGCACUUUCAAACCUCCCCGACCGCCACCGUUGUCAUGAGGAAUUUUCCAGAAGCUGAAAAAUCAGGGCAAACACAUAUUGAGUAAAAAGGCCUGUCAUCCCAGUAGCUUAGCUUGUUUGGUGUGUUGGAUUUAUCAAGAGAUGUCUAAAUAAGCAUUCAUGAACGUUUACUCUUGAAUUGUUUCUUUCCCCAGAUGGCCUCCCAGAUCUUCCAGUUUAUCCGGACCCCGCCCGCGGGAUGAUUCAAGGCUGUGAAAGUUUUAUAAAAAUACAAAAGGGGAAAAAACAGAGCAUUGUGUAUCUGACAGAUUCAGUAAAUGACAGUAUUGCUAGGUUUAAACAGAACUGAUAAAAGUACAAACAAACAUUACAACUCUGAAUAGAACUGAGUGUAUGCUAUUCUAUUGAAAUGCCCAAAGCAGGUGUUUAUUUUCCACAUGUAACUGUAUCAAACCACUAAAUAUGUCAUGUGAUUUACUGUUGAAGACAAAUACCCCACACAUCAACUACAGGCAGUAUAUAUUUCAUGUAAUUCAAAUGUAGGAGUAAAGUGUUACAAGCAGAAGACAAAUAUUGUGUAGUAGCUACACAGCUAUUACAGACUUUGUAAUUAUUGUCUUUUCCAUUAAAAUCUGUAAGAUGAGGGAAAAAAGGUGCGAGGAAAAUAAAAUCACUUUCUUGCAGCUGAUGGGGAAAUAUUCUUACGAGGGAAUCAUGUGAAAUUUGGAUGUACUAAUAUUUAUCAAAUUUUCAUAGAGAUGGAGAACUUUAUGUUAAAUGUUUUGAGAUUUUUUGGCCCCAUAAAAUGCCAUUUUAUUUUAUUUUUUAACUUUUAUUGGUGUUUCAGUAAAUGUCAAGUACAGUUAGAAAAACAGGAGAAACAGAAAACAGCAAUCCCCCCCAUGCAUCUGCCCAAAACAAAUCAAGUAGCUAACGUUAUAACAAAAAUUAAAAGUUCACGGUUCUCUCCUUCCUUCCUUCGAUCUGAGUCCACCAUGCUUCUUGUUUUCAGUCCUCAGUGCUGGGAAAUCUGACACUCAGGGCUUUUGAGAUAAGUCAUCAAGGUGUUCCAGUAAAAUGUAAAUUUAAAUACAACCACCAACAAUAUUAUCAACACAUUUCAGAUUUAACCAGUGUUCAUUUCUCUGCUUGAUGUACUCCUUUUAAUUCUUUUGGCUUGAAUGUGUAAAUAAAAUGCAAAGGUGAUGGGA